UGGCCGUCUGCUGCGUUGCCCUAGCAACCUGGCUGGGAGGACGCAGUUGUUAGGCCUCCAGGCCUCUCUCUGUCUACCCAGCCUUGGGGCUCUUGGCCAGCUCUACUCACUUCCGGCACCAUGUCGGUACGAACGCUACCGCUACUCUUCUUGAACUUGGGCGGGGAGAUGCUUUACAUCCUGGACCAGCGGCUGCGGGCCCAGAACAUCCCGGGAGACAAGGCCCGCAGAGUUCUGAAUGACAUCAUCUCAACCAUGUUCAAUCGAAAGUUUAUGGAAGAACUGUUCAAACCCCAAGAGCUCUACUCCAAGAAGGCCCUGAGGACUGUCUAUGACCGCCUGGCUCAUGCCUCCAUUAUGAGACUGAACCAGGCCAGCAUGGAUAAGCUCUAUGACCUGAUGACUAUGGCUUUGAAGUAUCAAGUAUUGCUGUGUCCCCGUCCCAAGGAUGUAUUGCUGGUCACUUUCAAUCAUUUAGAUGCCAUCAAGGGAUUCAUCCAAGACUCCCCAGCCCUCCUGCAACUAGUGGACGAGACUUUCCGGCAGCUGAUUGAAGUAUACGGGGGUCUCUCUGCGGGGGAGUUCCAGCUGAUCCGGCAGACACUCCUCACCUUCUUCCAGGACCUGCACAUCCGGGUGUCCAUAUUUCUAAAGGACAGAGUUCAGAAUUCUAAUGGUCGCUUUGUGUUGCCAGUGUCCGGGCCUGUUCCCUGGGGAACUGAAGUCCCUGGACUUAUCAGAAUGUUCAACGACAAAGGCGAAGCAGUGAAGAAGGCAGAAUUUCAGCACGGCGGGAACUAUGUCCCUGCGCCCAAGGAAGGUUCUUUUGAAUUUUACGGAGACCGAGUCCUAAAACUGGGAACAAAUAUGUACAGUGUGAACCGGCCUGUGGAAACCCAUAUGUCGGGAGCAUCAAAGAACUUAGCUUCACAGACACAGCAAAGCAUUGCUCCAAACCCUCUUGCUAAAGAAGAGCUGAAUUUCUUGGCCAGGCUGAUGGGAGGAAUGGAGAUUAAGAAACCCAGCGGCCCUGAACCAGGAUUCCGAUUAAAUCUCUUUACCACCGACGAAGAGGAGGAACAGGCAGCACUAACCAGGCCGGAAGAGUUAUCCUAUGAAGUUGUCAACAUACAAGCUACUCAGGACCAGCAAAGGAACAAAGAGCUGGCUCGGAUCAUGGGGGAGUUUGAGAUCACAGACCAGCCAAGGUGGAACGCCAGCAAGGGGGAUGAUUUGUUGGCCAUGAUGGAUGAGUUAUAGCUGUGCUGGCCAGGCACACCCCUCCUGCUACAGGAGAGGUUGCCUGAUGAUGACCCCGGGGAAUGCACCAGGGAGUAAAAAGAUGCUGCUAGUUUUCUAUUAAGUGAAGCCAUUACCUCUUGUUCCUAUUCAUGUUGUAAUGAACUGUGUAAGUCUCUCUCAGGGAGCACACUCUCUGGAAGGCACACACAUACCCAUAUUUUCAGCAAAAUAUACUGUAGCUUUUAAAUUGGACUUUCCCAUUCUCCUUCUGGUUUUACGACAACCAUCCAAAGCAUCCUGGGCCAUAGGUUCAAGCCCCAGAGUCAGUAAGGGGGCGCUGUCAUGGCCACUUUCAAUGACAGCUUUCCUGUGAGGACUUAGAACACACAGAUGUCUGUAAAUCAUCACGAAACUUCAGAGCUUUCUGGGAUGUAUUCUGCCAUGUAAGUGAAUUUGAAAUAAGUAGAAAAGGCAGUUGCCUCAAAUAGUUGGGGGAACUAUUUAGACAGCCUUCCUCUCCCUGGCACACUGGGAACUAUAACCUCAGAGGCAGAGGAAGUAAGGCUGUGACAGGAACCCCCAUCUGGGUCUCAUACAGAGCAUGUGAGUAUCUGGAGUUCUCCACAUCUCUAUACCCACAUGUGGUGUGGGCUUAUCCCAUAUGGAGAUGUGUACCGAAGAAAUAGUUUGCUUUUCAGCAUGAUAUGUACUCCUCACCCCCAAAGUCUUCCUCUGCCACUUAGUGUUCUUGCCUUCUAAAUACACCCAGCACAAUGUGCCAGAACAUCUGUCUCCUCUGCUUCACCAUCAGCGGCCAAGCAGAACUUUAAGUUGGAUAGAUGGAAGGCACACAUGAAGUGUCAUUUUCCCUUCCCUGAACCAGAUGAGCUACUUCCCUGGGCACGAUGCAAGUCUAAUUGGGAUCCAUGUAAAAUAUCUCAGACCAGGGCUGCCCUAAUUGUGUCAGGAAGGCUUGUCAGCCUGGGACUGAGUAACUGGCAGGCUUGGCGCCAGCCAGCAGCCACAGGUCAAGGUCCAUUCAGUCCUAUGGAAGGAAUAUCCAGAACGGCAGAGGGUAAGAGCUAAGCUGGUCUUUGCCUGAGAUCUGAUCAACCACAGGGACCACUCAGGCCCCACACACCCUGGCAAGAGUGGAGGCAAACAUAGUUCUGAAUGUGAGGGCCAGGAAAGCUGUCCAUUAGCUUGCCAGGGCAUAGGGUUGCAGAAAGGUAAAUCACCAAAUUUAAGUUACUUCCUGCCCAUGAAAUAUAUACUUCCUUACCUACAAAGACGUCCAUUAAGGAGGAGAGACAUAUCUUGCUGUAAGACACCUGUUACAGACUUGCAAAGUGCCUUCUGUUUUAAUCUCUUUUAAUUAAUCUGGCCACCAGUUGUAGUGGCCUGACUGGGCAACAGAUGAAGGGGAAGGUUCUCACCUGUUCUGAGCCUGGCUUCCGUAGCACUGCCACAAACCUGAACUUCACUGUCUGCUCAUGUGCUGGAGCCUUGGAGGUGGGCCAUGAGCUGCCAAGAAGCAGCAGCUCCUCCCUCCGCCUACCCCAGAGCGAUGCUGAGGAUUUCAAAUGUAUCUGUCCUCUCAGUAAAUAAACAAGAUACAGAUCUCUG